GCUCGUCGAUGGGCGAGGGAAGCUUGUAAAAUCCGCAGCUCUUGCGAGGCGGCAGAAAAGAAGUGUUGGAUCGAGCCCUCGCGGGUCAAUGACGCAAGGCUGGAAAUCGUUCGGUAAACUUUCGGCCAUUCGUGCACCGGAAAUGGUGUUGCUCAAAGUAACUCGAGCGAAGCGAGCUCUCAGACGAUCGGAAUGUCUGAUCCAAACCAAAUCUCACGCGUAGACAGGCAGGCAGGCAGGCAAUCCGAUCAGUCCAUGACACUUGUGACGGACAAAUCUUCGACGACGCUCAUGUACAUGACACUCAAUCCUCCACAUGCCGCGACAUGGUUCGCCACCAACUGCACUCGAGAUGGCCCCGCUCGGGGGCCGUAUGAGAUGCAGAGGAGGUAACGACUUGGCCCGACACCUGCUGCCGCUUUUGCAGAAACCAGUGAGAAGAGGACGAGAAGGUCCUCCGCCCGCCCGCCGACGAGAACUUUCCCUGGCGCAGCAUUCCGCGGAUCCAGGAUUCCAGGCCCGGCCCGCGCUUGCGCUUGCUCGGGACCCGAGCCCCUUGUGGUUGGGACUCCGACGGGGCGACGGAGUCACAAGAGAUUGGAGCCUCCCUGCAGACGACGCAUGGCAUCAGCAUUUUUGUCGUGAAAUGUUGUCGUUGCUUGCGCAAUGCACCUCGUGUCUAUCGCAAUGCGGGGGAGGUCGUCUCGACCAGCAGCACCCGUGAAGGACUGCGACUGCAUGGAUGGAGCUCGCCCGUCGAAGCGUUGCUCAAGCGUACACAAGGGAAUGAAUGAAUAAGCGAGCAACGAAGCUCCGUAUCUUCCCUCCUCUUUCUCCUCGCAUCCGCUGGUGGCCAUCGCCGCGAGCCAUCUCUCUCAUCCCCGUUGCAUCCUCCGGAAGUAGAGCAGCUUACGAGAGACCGGUCAUGUUGAAGACGCUUUCGUUUAUCGAUGAUGAUGAUGAUGAUGAUGCAAGUUUAGGGUCCGCUUAAUCGAGUCCUUCGAUGGCUGAUUACGUGAGGCAAAUCAGGUGCCGGCUCCAGAGGACGAAAACCCGCAGCAGCGCCACCACCAACUGACACCAGGAAAUGCACGCGACUGGCUGCAGACUGUCAAUCCAGAAGCGUCACCCUGAUUCUGCUCCCCUGCUUCUCCGAGACAGAGCAGGGCAGGGCAGACCAACGAGCUUUGGACUACGCGAGGUCAGUGAGCCGAGCCGCCGACUUGAUCGAGGCUUCCGAGUGGGAUGAACGAGUCGAGGACUGUGGCAGCAGCCGCGACGGGUACGCUGUUGGUGGCCGCAGCAACUCUCUGGCUCUUGGGCUCGAGAUGGGUCCGCCAGUCGCCAGCCGGGCACGGAGGAGGGGGUGGCGAUGGAGACCAAGGAGCAGCAGCAGCAGCCGAGAACAAAGCGAAAGUCCAACGCGUGAAGCGGAGUGUCAAGAAUGGGCUUGUGGGCUUGAUCGGGAACACCCCACUGAUCAAAAUUAGAAGCCUCUCUGAUGCUACAGGUUGUGAGAUACUCGGAAAGGCGGAGUUUUUGAAUCCUGGCGGCAGUGUAAAGGAUCGAGUGGCGGUCAAGAUAAUUCAGGAGGCUCUUCAAAACGGUACCCUUCGUGUUGGUGGUCUCAUAACGGAGGGAAGUGCUGGAAGCACAGGAGUCAGCUUAGCCAUGGUUGCCUCAGCUUACGGAUGCAAGUGUCAUGUCGUCAUUCCAGACGAUGCAGCCAUUGAGAAGGCUCAGAAUUUGGAGGCUCUCGGUGCCACUGUGGAGCGGGUGAGGCCUGUUUCCAUCACACAUAAAGACCACUUCGUGAACAUCGCAAGAAGGAGAGCGACAGAUGCGGAAACCUUAAGGCUUCGCAACAGUCAAGUCACACAGCUCAAAGGGCUGCAAGAAAACAGAGGAGGGUUUUUUGCCGAUCAAUUUGAGAACCUAGCAAAUUUUCGAGCUCACUACGAAGGAACUGGACCUGAGAUAUGGCAGCAAACAGGUGGCAACAUGCAUGCGUUUGUAGCCGCUGCUGGGACUGGAGGAACUAUCGCAGGAGUCUCUUGCUUCCUAAAGGAUCAGGACUCUGGUGUGAAAUGCUAUCUGAUUGACCCACCAGGUUCAAGUCUAUUUAAUCGGGUUACACGUGGAGUGAUGUAUACCCGCGAGGAAGCAGAAGGAAAACGGCUGAAAAAUCCCUUUGACACUAUCACCGAGGGUAUCGGAAUCAAUCGACUGACCGAAAAUUUCAAACUUGCUCAGCUUGAUGGUGCUUUUCGUGGCACCGAUAAAGAAGCGGUGGAAAUGUCCAGGUUUCUGCUGAGAGAAGACGGCUUAUUUGUGGGGAGCUCUUCUGCCAUGAACUGUGUUGGUGCAGUUCGAGUGGCCCGUCAACUCGGGCCUGGUCAUACGAUUGUAACAAUUUUGUGUGAUAGCGGAGCUCGCCAUCUGAGCAAGUUCCAUAAUCCGAAGUACCUGGCUGAGCAUGGACUUACCCCCUUUGCAACUGGACUGGAGUUUCUGGUACCCCAAUAGUUUACUCAUGGAUAGCGCCUGUUGUGGACUGACAAAGACCAUAGGACGUUUCAGUGGUCGAGCAGGACAGGACGAGAGGAAGAGAGCUUUUUUCAUAAAGUGGGGAAUGUGUUCCCCAAAAUGAUGUUGGUGCGGAGCAACCAGGUGUCAAAGUCGGAAACCUCGCUUCGAAACACAACGUGCUUUGUGUUUUGAAAUAAAAGGCAAUAAAAGGCCUGGAAGUUCAAGUUUUAAUCGAUGUCAAUGAGUUACUGGCUAGAAUACUUUGAGGGGUAGAAAGUAAGGAUAUCCAGGCGGAAGUUUCCUGGACAACAAUCAUGUCGAACAUUGGUUUGAGGAUUGGGAGUUUUGAAGAUAGGAGCAACGUAAGAUGCAUCAUGUGGAGCAUUGACUUCGAUUCCUUCUGAUCCGAAGAUGCCACGAGGUGAAAGAUAUUUGAGCUUUCACCUACAUGUUUAACUGC